UAGUUUUCAAUAUGGCUGCGCCCUUCUGCAAGGGGGUGUUUUGAAUUUUUGAACGAGGCUUGUCAGUCUGGAACAUGUACGAAAAAAAUUUGCAUCAUCGUCAUGAACUAUCACAAUCUCCGGUGACCCAUUCUGUAUUUUGUUCUCUUAACGUGCAACUUUAUUGAUUGAAUGUUCUGCCGCUAUUCUACUUACUGCAAAGAAUGCACAGAAUCCUGACUCUUUCUGAUAUGGAGUAGACACCAAUCAUUCAGUCAUGUUUUUCAGAAUAGCUGUUCACCUUCUACCGAAACAAAAGAAGUCUGCCUUUAACUUGCUCACGUGUGCGUUUCGAAAUCAUUCAAGUGUAAUUACAUGUGCUAGGUUUCAUCAUCAUUGCAUCAGAACUUUUCACACUACCAGCCGGCUGAAGGUAGCCAAGUUAUUAUCCCUCGAUGAACUAUUCUCCAGGACGUCACUGCUGGACUACCUGAAAAAGAUAGACUCGGACUAUAGUGAGUGCUUGAGAGUGGUCAACAGUGAUGAGCAGGAGCAGAGCAGUGCGGAGGAGCUGAGAGCCAAGAGGACCAAAGUGGCCCUCCUGGCUCCCCUCAUUCACACCAUCAGGGAGUUGGAUAUCAAGCAGAAGGAGAUGAGCGAGACGGAGGAGCUUCUCAAUGAUGAAGAUCUACGAGAACUGGCUGAGCAGGAGAGGGAAGCCUGUUUGGAAAACAUCCGUGACCUUAGGCAGACGAUAUUACACCUUUUGAUCAAAGAGGAGGAAGAUGAUUUGAGCGACCUCGUGUUGGAAGUGACAGCAGGAGUUGGCGGACAGGAAGCCAUGCUGUUCACCGCUGAGCUGUUUGAAAUGUAUGAAGGCUUCGCUCGGUACAACGGCUGGUCCUUUGACGUCCUGGAGCACAUGAACAGUGACAUAGGCGGACUGCGCCACGCCUCGGCGAGCAUCAGUGGCCGUCAGAGCUACAGGAGGAUGAAGUUCGAAGGCGGCGUUCACCGUGUCCAGCGGGUCCCCAAGACGGAAAAACAGGGCCGCAUGCACACCAGCACUAUGACUGUGGUUGUGCUGCCUCAACCCACUGAGAUCUCCUUCACAAUAAACCCAAAGGACCUGAAGAUCGAAACAAAGCGGGCAAGCGGCGCGGGGGGUCAACAUGUCAACACCACAGACAGCGCUGUCAGAAUUGUGCACCUGCCCACUGGUGUUGUGGCAGAGUGCCAGCAGGAGCGCUCUCAGAUAAAAAACAAGGAGAAGGCCAUGAAAGCUUUGCGGGCAAAACUCUACGGCAUGAAGCUGGAGGAGGAGACCAGCAAGCGCUAUAAUCAGCGCAAAGUGCAGAUUGGCACCAAAGGAAGAUCUGAGAAGAUACGUACGUACAAUUUUGCCCAGGAUCGCAUCACCGAUCACCGGAUCGGUAUGACGCUGCACAACGUCGAGACGUUCCUGCUGGGAGAGGAUCUGCUGGAUGAGAUGAACUCCUCCCUCCAGGAAUUCUCCAACCAGGAAGAGCUCAUGGAACUUCUGGAGGAAAACGGCCAUAAGGAAGGAUGAAUAAAUAUGGAAGUUGCCAAUACUUUUAAAACAAGUUGAAUGAUGUUAAUAGUCCAAGCAUUCAUAUUACAACGCAAUAAAAGCAUAUUCUGUA